AUGUCGUCUACCAGACCACGACUCGUUUUUGGCACUGCCAACAUCAACACAGGCGCUUCGUUCCCCACCGCGGAACAGGCUUCAGAGUUGCUCGACGUUGUUGAGAAAGUAGGCAUCAAGCAGCUUGAUACAGCACAACUUUACGGCACCAGUGAAGAAAUCCUGGGCGAUAUUAAGGCAUCCUCAAGAUUCACCAUUGAUACGAAGCAUAUUGGAGGAUGGGUUCCUGGCCAGUCAUCACGAGCAAGAGUUGUCGAAAGGGGCUUGGAAAGCUUGCAAAAACUGGGCGUGGACAAGGUAUACAUUUUCUAUAUUCACGCACCAGAUCCCCAAGAGCCUCUUGAAGAAACUCUGGCUGGUAUUGACGACCUCUAUCGCCUGGGCAAAUUCGAAAAGUUUGGUCUUUCAAACUUUAAUGCAGAUGAAUUAAGGGCGGUUCUCAAGAUUGUAAAGGAGAAAGGCUACGUCGCUCCUACUGUCUAUCAAGGAAACUACAAUCCGGUCGCUCGCAGGUCGGAAACGGAGCUGUUCCCUCUUUUCCGAGAGAAUGGCAUUGCAUUCUACGCCUACAGCGCCAUUGCAGGAGGAUUCUUGACAAAGACGACAGAGCAGCUGCAGCAAGGGUCUGGUGGUGAGGGCAGAUGGAGCAAGGAAACAACCAUUGGAAAGAUGUACCAUACCUUGUACAACCGACCAAAGUUCCUGGAAGCUUUGGAUAUCUGGAACCAAGCGUCAAAUGUGUCAGGCAUUCCCAAGGCUGAAAUGGCUUACCGAUGGGUUGCUUAUCACUCGGUUCUUAAGGAGCAUCUGGGCGAUGGAAUUGUUCUCGGCGCAAGCAAGGCCACGCAACUGGAGCAAACCGUUGCAGGGCUGAAUAAUGGACCGCUGCCGGAAUCGGUUGUGAAGACAAUCAAUGAUGUUUGGGAGCUUGUGAAGGAUGAGUCGCCAAUGGACAACUAUGACACUCGCAGGAAUUAA